UCGUCUAUUUGGUUGAGAUGGUGAUAUUCGAAGCUUCAAAAUGGUGGACAUCUCACCCUGUUGGCUGAAUGAUCACAAUGCUUUAGUAGAUUUUGGUGCUACUGCUAAUGCACCAAGCAAAGAUUUUUAUCACGUCUUUGUCACAACAAAAGAAAUUGUUUUACGGUUAUGGAAGAUUGUACCUCCAACCCGUGCUGAUUCCCACACUCCUCCUGCUGAGUACAGAAACUCUUAUAAAGAUUUUGAAUUUGAUGACCGCUGUCACAGUGAGAUUCAGCGAGUUGCUGGAGAGCACAUGUUAGACUGGCUCCUAGCCAUCUCCAGGGGACAUAUUGAUUACCUCAGUAGAUUGCCAAGAGAGGUCUUGAUAAAGAUCAUCUUAAAUCUGGGAUUAGAAGACAUUGGCAAACUUGGCAGAACAUCUCAUCAGUUUAAAGAGCUUUGUAAUUCAUGUGAUCUUUGGGAGCAAAUGUACAGAUUACAUACAGAGACAGCUGUUACGCCAGAAUUAGAAGACUUGGCUAAAGAAAAGGGAUGGAAAAAGUUAUUCUUCACAAACAAAUUACAGUUACAGCUUCAACUAAGACGUUUGAAGAAACAUGAAAUGGACCAUGAGCCAAGCAAAGGCCAUGCUUUCAUCACAGAGUAAAAAUUGGUGCAGAUAUCGGAGGUCAGACUUAAGACAGAGUUCAAAACUCUGGUCCUGAGAACCUUGAUAGUAUUAUAUGUUUAGAUUUGUUUUAAUAGUGCAUUCCAAUUUUAUAUGAGAUAUAAAUAUGUGAAAUCCUAACAUUUACAUUUUUUCAAAAAAUGUCUCCCUACAAUAAACAGUAUUUAACUGUUAGUGACAUGAAAUGAAUUUACCUCAUUAAGUUUUUUAUGGCUUCCUUCAGCUACUAAUGAAGAAAUUUCUCAAAAAAAAUUAGUAUUAUGACUAUUUGCAAGAAUCACUUUCUCUCAAAAAUAUGAACUACGAAAUUAUUUGAAUGCAUGCUUUUUGAAAUGCACAUGCAGAUUUUAUAAUAUUAUUUUAAUAAUAUAUGAUUAUAUUUCUAUACAGUGUAGUUUUAACAUAUAGUUUCCUGUUCAGUAACUUUAGUAUCUUGUCACUUUGUUACUUUGUUAUAUUUGGAAUCAAAUCAAUAAUUGACCAUACAGACUAACUCUCAGGGUAUUAUACAAUGAAGUGGUUCACCAAGGCCUUAUGUUGGAUCCUAUACACAUCAUUGUUUUACACAAGUUUUUAUUACCUGAAAUGUAUAAUGGAUUUUCUUUUUAACUUGUCUUUGUAAAAGGUAUUCACCACUCUAUAAUCUGAACAUUAACAUUGUUUUGUGCCAUUUAGCUAUAAAAUCUUAGGGACAAAUUACUGAAAUUGAAAAAAGUUACGAUUGGAGCCGAUACGCUUUUGAUUAAAACAAGUAAUAAGCUAAUCUACUAAAUUGAUUUUCUGUUUUUCUGUAUUUAUUUAUUGUGUGUAGAAUGUAUAUUGUUUACCUAAUAUGAAAGUAAGUGCUAGUAGCAUAAUAUAAUUUAUAGGGGUUAUUUGUAAAACAAAACAGGAAAGUGUUUAACAUAUAUAUUUAAUGUAAGAAGAACCAAGUUAUAUUUAUUUUAAUUUUAGUUAGAGGAUAUUAAGUAGCAUUUAUGUGUAAAGGAAUCUAUGCAUUUUAUAUAAAUAUCAUUCGAUGUGCAGUGAAGUGUGUGGAAGUUACGAUUUUGAUUAUCAUUUCUCAAUUUAAAUAUCAAAGUUAUAUUAAUAUUAACAGGAUUUUUUAUUAUUAUUCUUACAUUUGACAGUUUUUAAAUAUCCGUCCAUGAGUUGACACUUAGAUUAAGUAAUGCAUGUUAUUUAUUAAUUGAUUUUUAAAACAGUUAUAAAUAUUUUUUUCUGAAUUAAUUGCUUGUAUUUUUCCCAAGCCGUCCAUUCUGAGUGCUAAAUGUUAAAGACAGUAUAUAAACUGUGAUAACAAACAUUCCUUGUGCCUUUACGGUCUACAUUGUUAGCUUUAUUGUAUGUUUGAUUUGAUUUAUAAUAAAAAACAUAUUUAUUA